UGUCGCGGACGCGCUGACCGAGCGCAGCGGCCGGGCCGGCGGGCGGGCGGGCGGCUGCGAGCAUGGUCCUGGUGUUGCACCACAUCCUCAUCGCUGUUGUCCAAUUCCUCAGGCGGGGCCAGCAGGUCUUCCUCAAGCCGGACGAGCCGCCGCCGCCGCCGCAGCCAUGCGCCGACAGCCUGCAGGAUGCUUUGCUGAGCCUGGGCUCUGUCAUCCACAUCGCGGGCUUCCAGCGGGCUGUCAAGGAGGCCCUUUCAGCUGUGCUCCCCAAAGUGGAGACUGUCUACACCUACCUGCUGGAUGGGGAGUCCCGGCUGGUGUGUGAGGACCCCCCCCACGAGCUGCCCCAGGAGGGGAAAGUCCGAGAGGCUGUGAUCUCCCGGAAGCGGUUGGGCUGCAAUGGACUGGGCCCCUCGGACCUGCCGGGGAAGCCGUUGGCCAGACUGAUGGCCCCACUGGCUCCUGAUACCCAAGUGCUGGUCAUGCCGCUGGUGGACAAGGAGGCUGGGGCUGUGGCAGCCGUCAUCUUGGUGCAUUGUGGCCAGCUGAGUGACAGUGAAGAGUGGAGCCUGCAAGCCGUGGAGAAGCAUGCUCUGGUGGCCCUGCGAAGGGUGCAGGCUCUGCAGCCCCGGGGGCCUGGCGCCGCCUCGGCAGCAGUCCGGAACCCCCCGGCGGGGGUGGCGGGAGACCAGAAGGGCGGUGUGGCUCACACCGACCAGGACCAAAAGAUCCUGCAGCUGUGCGGGGAACUCUACGACCUGGAUGCCUCGUCCCUCCAGCUCAAAGUCCUCCAAUACCUGCAGCAGGAGACCCAGGCAUCCCGCUGCUGCCUCCUGCUGGUGUCCGAGGAUAAUCUCCAGCUUUCCUGCAAGGUCAUCGGAGAUAAAGUGCUGGAGGAAGAAACCAGCUUUCCGUUGACGACAGGACGCCUGGGCCAGGUGGUGGAAGAUAAGAAGUCUAUCCAGCUGAAGGAUCUCACCUCUGAGGAUGUGCAACAGCUGCAAAGCAUGUUGGGCUGUGAGCUGCAGGCGAUGCUCUGCGUUCCUGUCAUCAGCCGGGCCACUGACCAGGUGGUGGCCUUGGCCUGCGCCUUCAACAAGCUCGGAGGAGACUUGUUCACGGACCAGGAUGAGCAUGUGAUCCAGCACUGCUUCCACUACACUAGCACGGUGCUCACCAGCACCCUAGCCUUCCAGAAAGAGCAAAAGCUCAAGUGUGAGUGCCAGGCUCUUCUCCAAGUGGCAAAGAACCUCUUUACUCACCUGGAUGAUGUCUCUGUCCUGCUCCAGGAGAUCAUCACAGAGGCCAGAAACCUCAGCAAUGCUGAGAUCUGCUCCGUGUUCCUGCUGGAUCAAAAUGAGCUGGUGGCCAAGGUGUUCGACGGGGGCGUGGUGGAUGACGAGAGCUACGAGAUCCGCAUCCCGGCUGACCAGGGCAUUGCGGGCCACGUGGCAACCACCGGCCAGAUCCUGAACAUCCCGGACGCGUACGCGCAUCCGCUUUUCUACCGUGGCGUGGACGACAGCACCGGCUUCCGCACGCGCAACAUCCUCUGCUUCCCCAUCAAGAACGAGAACCAGGAGGUCAUCGGUGUGGCCGAGCUGGUGAACAAGAUUAACGGGCCAUGGUUCAGCAAGUUCGACGAGGACUUGGCAACCGCCUUCUCCAUCUACUGUGGCAUCAGCAUAGCCCAUUCCCUCCUAUACAAGAAAGUGAAUGAGGCCCAGUAUCGCAGCCACCUAGCCAACGAGAUGAUGAUGUACCACAUGAAGGUCUCUGAUGAUGAAUACACCAAACUUCUCCAUGAUGGGAUCCAGCCUGUGGCUGCCAUUGACUCCAACUUUGCCAGUUUCACCUAUACCCCUCGCUCUCUGCCCGAGGAUGACACUUCCAUGGCCAUCCUGAGCAUGCUGCAGGACAUGAAUUUCAUCAAUAACUACAAAAUUGACUGCCCAACUCUGGCCCGGUUCUGUUUGAUGGUGAAGAAGGGCUACCGGGAUCCCCCCUACCACAACUGGAUGCAUGCCUUUUCUGUCUCCCACUUCUGCUACCUGCUCUACAAGAAUCUGGAGCUUACCAACUACCUCGAGGACAUCGAGAUCUUCGCCUUGUUUAUUUCCUGCAUGUGUCAUGACCUGGACCACAGAGGCACAAACAAUUCCUUCCAGGUGGCCUCGAAAUCUGUGCUGGCUGCUCUCUACAGCUCCGAGGGCUCUGUCAUGGAGAGGCACCACUUCGCUCAGGCCAUCGCCAUCCUCAACACCCAUGGUUGCAACAUCUUUGACCACUUCUCCCGGAAGGACUAUCAGCGUAUGCUGGACCUGAUGCGGGACAUCAUCUUGGCCACCGACCUGGCCCACCACCUCCGCAUCUUCAAGGACCUCCAGAAGAUGGCCGAAGUGGGUUAUGACCGAACAAACAAGCAACACCAUAGCCUCCUCCUCUGCCUCCUUAUGACCUCCUGUGACCUCUCUGACCAGACCAAGGGCUGGAAGACUACGAGGAAGAUCGCAGAGCUGAUCUACAAAGAGUUCUUCUCCCAGGGAGACUUGGAGAAGGCCAUGGGCAACAGACCGAUGGAGAUGAUGGACCGGGAGAAGGCCUACAUCCCUGAGCUGCAGAUCAGCUUUAUGGAGCAUAUCGCGAUGCCUAUUUACAAGCUGCUGCAGGACCUGUUCCCCAAGGCGGCAGAGCUAUAUGAACGUGUGGCCUCUAACCGUGAGCACUGGACCAAAGUGUCUCACAAAUUCACCAUCCGCGGCCUCCCGAGCAACAACUCGCUGGACUUCCUGGAUGAGGAGUACGAGAUCAGUAACGGUUGAUAUAUUAAGGGCCGAACACUGGGAUUUCCUUUCCUAGGAGAUGGAGGAAAGAAGGACUGGGAGAAGAUGAUCGGGGCCAUCCUGUGACACCUACAAUGCCCCAGGUGCCAGCCUUUGGGACCACAGAGCCUAUCUGUUUCUCCUGCUCCACAACUUGUGACUGUUUGGUAUCUGCUCUUCUGGGCUAUGGUCUCCAGGCAGCUAGCCUUCCCUUAAGAACUUGGUGUCCUGUCCCCUCCCUUGCCCAGCCCCUGCUUUGGGUUCCCCCCAUGUGUCUCUGUCCUCUCACAGCACAGGACCCAGGCUGACCAGUGGACCCCCAGGUAGAGGCAGGUCAGUUCCUGAUAGGGUCCAAGGCUGACAAGGGAUGGACAGGGGACAGCUCUUGUAAUGGUAUGCAGCUAACACGAGCAUUGGUGUGGGUUGACAUAGGUGCUCCUCUGCCUGUGACCACCCCGCCCCCCCCCCCCCCCCGCCGCCCACUUCAAAUGGGUGACUCUCUUCUACCAGCCCUUGAACAAAGGAAGAACACAGACAGCCUGUGUGCACGCUUCAGGGACCUCACUCCCCUUCCCUGCAUCUGUUGUCUGUCCCCAGCUCAACCCACACUUGAGGACAUUUAAUCCCACUUGAGGCCCUUGUGUGACACAUCCUUUCUCACCACCUGAGUGGACAGCACAAGUCUUUCCUCGUGCAUGCAAGACCCCAUGCCAAGACCACAUUAGCCAAGAGCUAAUUGUGCUUGUCCCUGGUCUGGAGAGUCUAACAGCCUGGUCAGGAAGAUCUGGUCAUGGGACCUGACAACCCCAUGGGAUGCUUGGCCAUGGGGCUCCAGGCAGGAUUAUAACCCUGAGAAGCAAAGUAGUGAGGUUUGGGAGAUGAACAUGUAUUGUGUUCCUGUGGGCAGAAGGGGCCAAGCACUCCUGGUGGAAGGAACUGCUCAUUAAAGGCACAGAAAAGGGGAGUGACCAGCACGCAGGGAAUGAAGAGACAGAGGGAAGUACAGCCAGACCAAGGAGAGCCUCGAAUGCCAGGCUGUGAAGUUUGGCUUUACUCUGUGAGCAGUGGGGGGACAGCGAACGUUUUCAGUAGGAGAGUGACUUGGACAUGCAUUUUAGAAAGAUCCUGCUGGAAAGUAGAGAAAGGACUGCAGGGUUGAGGUUGGGCAGGGAUCAUUCUAGAGCUGAUGCUCUGUGCCCUGGGCUGGCUGAGGGAGGGAGGGAUUCAAGACUUCAUGGAGGUGAAGACAGAGGGAGGACUAGGGGGUGGAAUGUGGGUCCCACGAACAGCCCUAGGUGGCUGCUCAUUGCUACUCUAACCUGCAACCAGGUGUGGGGUGGAGCCCCUAGCAGGAGGUGAGCUCCUUGGGAAGAAGGAAGGA